UUUCACAAUAGAACCUCUUCUUUUACUAGUCUGUAAACCCUAUAGGGAUUUUUUUGUAUAGGCUUACUUCAUUUAUUAAAUAAGAUAUGUUCUCAUAUCCAACUCUGAUUUUAGGAUGAAAUCUUUUCGGGCAAAUGCAUAGCAGUUGAGAACUAUAUUUAUUGAAUGUAAUCCAUCUGGAACACAUUUUUGAGCCACAGUUGGGACAGCCCUAAAAAGAGGAACAGUUGACAGCUACAUCAGUCACCAAUUCAUGCCAGUAUUAGUCCACACAACACCUCCUGGAUAAAUGUUUUUUCAGUAAACGCCAACCCACGAUAGUCGAUUACGUAACCUACACCAAGACAGACAAAUUGCGGUAAGCUAGUACGCAGGCGUAAAGAGCACUGUAUGGAAUUCUGUUGGACUUUUGGCUUCUGCGUUCGAUGUAGCAGUACUGAUGUGUCUUUGCGUCUGGGUUCGAUUGCUACCCUAUGGAAUAUCAGGCGGACGGUAGGGAGGUCCGAUUCUGUGGCUUCCAAUGAUUCAUAGUGAGCCUCACAAAUGUCGAAUGAAAGUAGUAUUAACUGAGAACAUGCUGCACUCAGAGUACAGCAUCUCGAGGAAACAAUAAUGUAGGGUUUUUUCCUACCUCUCUUAAUUUCCUUUUUGAGGCGACCUGCAUUUUUUCCUGUUUCAGCUGAGGCCCGAGGCAGAAUGGAUGUUGCCACAGAGGAUUUUAUCAGCUGAGCACCCACUUCACAAUUGAUGUGAUUGAUCACACGUUUACUGUUCUACUUAGACCACUAAUAUUGUCAAGUCAUGGAUACUACUAAAAGAACAAGACUAAGCCAGCGGUGUAACAGAGUGUCUGUAAAUAAAGAGGUAAUUACUGACAGUUUACUUCACUCUGUGAAGUUAUUUUUGCAAAGCAGGAAAGAAUUAUGCAACAUUACAGUGGGAGAAUACCAGGAGACAUCUGAUGCAGAGUACCUGGCAGAGGCCACAUUUGUAGGCUUUACUGAAGGACCAGAUACUACCAAAGCUCAGGGUCUUGUUGCUGUGUCUGCAGAACUCUUAGAACUUCUGGAUUCUCUGCAGGUUUACACUGUUAAAGAUAAUGAAGUUAUUUUCCUUAGGACAAUAAAAAGUGUCACAGAAUCCAUGGAACAGGUAAAACAUGAGACUUCCUUGCCAGGCUUGGUUUGUGUGAUGAGACUGUCCCCCACAUUUCCAAAUAUCAGGGAUGGAUCUUUGUUUAACCUUCUCAGUAAAUAUACUGCUGCUGUACAUUACUCUGUGGAUACCUACUCUGUGCAGGAGUGUGAUGGAGAUAGAUGUCACACUGAAGAAGAUGACACUAAUCAGUCAGUUUCUUCCAUUGAAGAUGAUUUUGUUACAGCACUUGAACAUUUAGAGGAGGAAUCACUAUUGGUACCAGGGGUUGAUUGCUGUACUCCUAAGAAGCAGCGUGACGUAGCAUCACAGACCUUCCCUUCUCACACUUUGGAUACAUUUCAGUCUCAGAUCUCUCUGCGUUUAAAAUCACCUGGCAGGUCUGUAUCAUCUGUUAAUACUCCAGGAUUGCAACAGCCAUUGUCACAUAUUAAAAAUUCAGUGACAACAUCCAUCUCUGGCCCUGGAAGAUUGAGAACAUUUUAUUGGCCACGCGAUACAACAGUGCAGAAAGUUAAUAAAACACUAAAGCCAGUUUUGUCAACAUCUCCAGCUGAGUCCACAGAAUCAGAGUGUUCAAGUCCAAGUCCCGUGAUAUUCCUUGAUGAAGAAGGCUAUCAGAAGAGUUUGAAGGCAAAACUGGAAAUCCCAACAAUUCCUGUGUUUAAAGAUGGCAUUGAGGAUUCAGACUCUGAAUUAAGUGAAUUUUUUGAUAGCUUUGAUCAAUUUGAUGAUCUUGACCAAACUCUUGAAAGCACAUGCACAUUAGUAAAGGAGUCUAGUGCAGGAAGUCAGUUACAGAAAAGAAAAUUUGCACAGGUUUCGUUAACCAGUUCCACAAGUGCUGCUAUGAACCCACAUAAGUUUGAACACUCAGUCCUUCCAGCAAAUGUAAGAAAGCCUACACCUCGCAAACCUGAAUCUCCAUAUAGCAGCGUUUCUGAUGUUCCAGAUUCACCACGUCUUGUUAAAACUGCUGGGGAGGACAGUGGUGCUCUGUUUAGCCCAAUCAGAUCUUCAGCAUUCAGUCCAAUGAACAGUUGUACUGCAGAAUGCCCAUGCAAAUUGGUUACUGGUACAGAUCGCACCAGGACUCAGGGUGUGCAUUUUGAAACUGGUUCCAGUUGUGAAAAGCAUGCUUCAAUUGAUGUACUGGGUAGUGUUUUUAAUUUUCAAACACCCACAGAUGAAAAAAUUGGUGAGAGCAUAUCUUACAUAUACCCACUCAACUCUACAGAAGGCAAGCAAACUGUAAAACAGUUUUGUAGUUUUAGUCCCACAGCAAAGGAGAUUGUAGCAAAGAAAUCAAGAGAGAGAUCUCCAGUGAUAAAGGAUGGCAUUCAGAGGUUUGCUGCUGAUUUGGUUGAAAAAAGUUUUGGAGGUGCGUUCAGAGAUCUGCAGAAAGGGGUGUCUUCAUGCACCAAUGCUCUGUGCCAUUUGGCUGCUAGACUGACUUCUUCAGUCUUUCAGAUGGCCUUCCAUGAAAUAGAAAUAAAGCAAGCGUUUUUAUUGAAAAAAAGAGCCAUCAGUGGUUUGGCAAACUUUUUGGUUAGUGAUGCAAUGGCUAGUGCUUUGAAAGAACUCCAGUUUGUAAAGAAGCAAAUUUUCAAUAAUACAGUUACAAGAUUUGCUGCAGAACUGGCUGAGGAGCUUGUUUUUGAAGGAGUUAUGGAAGUAUGUCAGUUUUCACAUCCACCAACACCAGCAGCCACAAAUGAUUGGCUCUUUGAUUAUCAAGCAAAUGUAGUUGGAUUGUAUGCUAAAGAUCUUUCGGAGUCAGUGAUACAAGAAGCAUUUAUUCAUUUAUCUCAGGUGGAUGUUACUUUUACAACACAAGCUGCAAUUAGUGUGUCUUCAGAUAACAUUAAGUAUGUUGGUACUGGAAUUACAACACAGGGCACACAAAAUGCUAGUACUCAGGAAGGAAUUCUAAAUACUGUAAUCUCAAAGCCACUGUUAAUUAAAGACUAUAGUAUGCCAAAGGCUUUGUUGUAUGUGUCUGGCAUUGCAAGUUCUAUAUUAGUACCUGCAGCUGGAAAGGCUCUGUCACAGAGCCAGGCUUUGUGUGAAUUAAUUUGGAGAAAUCCAGUAACAUGUGAGAGUGAGGGAGCUGGACCAAAGAUGUGUAGAGAUUAUGGAUACAAGACUUAUUCAGCAAACAUGAAAGGUGACAUAGCUAACAUAAAACCGGUUGACUUGCCUCCUGCAGAACACAGAUUUGCUGACAGUAAGCCAUCUUUUUGUAGCUUAAGCUUAUUUAACAGUGAAAACAAAUGUAACAUUACGUCAGAAGUAACUAAUGGGCAUACCAGUAUGCAGAAUUUCUGUGGAGCCAUGGUAGAUAUGAUUGUAAAUGAAGCUUAUGAAUUAAUGACCUCAUCAAAGGUCAGAAAAGCAGUCAGUGAAUAUGCUGAUUGUUUGUCAGAAAAUAUUGUGGAUAAAACACCUGUCCACAUGGUGCCACCUAAUAAACUAUCACCAAAGAACCAUCAUGCAAGUGAGGAAGCUGUGACUACUGCAAAGUUUCCCUUAGACAAAGUAAAACCAUUAGAUUUUAGUACACUUGAAAAUGAGGGUAAGAUCUCUGAAUGCAGUUUGAAAGUAGGCAGAACUAGAUGCGAAUUACACUGCAGUAGAAACAAACAAGGUUUGGAGUUUAAGAAAGUAGGAGUUGAACAAAGUGCAAUAGAUGCUUGUAGUCAUCAGCUUUACUGUAAAUUCUCUGAUGAGCAAAACACAGCAUUUUUUUCAUGUGAGCCAUCAGAAAGCAAAAAGGAGUUUCUUUGUAAUUGUUUGCCUGUACAUCCCCACAGUAUGGCAGGCAGAUCUUAUGUUAAUAUUGAUGAAGGGGUUUCCUGGAGGUCUGAGCCUUUUAAUAUGGGAAAACCUAUGAACAGAUCACUUCAGAAUGAUCAAAUUGGACUGGUUUCCCAAGAUUCAAGUAAACAUGCUUUUGAAGUCAUAAUUGUUGGACAAGGGAUCAACAGGUCAGAUGGCAGUACUUCUUUAUCUGAGUUUAUUAGCCCUGAGCUUGAAGUGCCUGCAUUACCUUUUGAAUAUGGUGAAAUUGGUAGCAAGAUUACCAGUGUGCCACCUGGUACUCCUCCUCCAACCCCCAUGCAGCCACAACAAAUUAAUCCUAAUAAGAAAUUAAAAAGUCUAACCAAGAAGCUAAAAGGAGAGUUAGCAAAGGAGUUUCUACCAGCUACACCACCACCCACACCACGUAACCCAUCUGUUACUUGUUUAUCUGAAGUUGCACAAAACUCCACAGAAAAGGAGGAUUUCCUAGUGAAACUUAUGAGAUCUCUGUCUGAGGAGGUCGAUAGCAGUGAGGAGGAAGAAACUAAUGAAGCACUUGGUAGGGAGACCAAAUACAACCCCAAAACUUUAUGGUAUGCCGAUCACUUAGCUAGUCACGUAACUUCUGUUGCAACUGAAAUGGCAGCUUUUUGGUUGGAUGACAGAAGACUUGAAGGGGAAUGUGAUAAAUCUUCUCCAUUUCUCACCAUGUUAAAUGCAAAUAAUGGAUACACUGCUUUAGUGGGGAAGCUUUCAGAACACUCUCUAAAGUCUUUAUGGAGUUAUGCAAGCAAUAUAACCAGUGGUGUUUUGAGCGAUGUUAAAAAAGUUAUUAGUUCAAAUCAUAAAAAAAUGAAAAUCAGAAGGAUGAAUAACUGGCACACAAGUUACUGCGACCUCGGACGAGAUUGCAAAGAUAACAAAGUAAGGGACAGGCUUAGUGGUAUGGCAGAGCAGUGGUCCAGAGAUGUUCUGAGAAAUGCACUUUUGCUACCCCAUAGUAGUAACAUGAGUGGGCUGAUGUCCAAAUAUCCAAGCUGUGAAAGUGUGACAGAUGAAUAUGCAGAACAUAUCAUUAAAGUUUUAAAAAAAGAGGGUGGUAACAGUGAUCUAAUAAUGGAACAGUAUGCAAGCAGACUAGCUUACAAAUCAGUAAAGUCUGGAUUGCAGCAAGCUGCCAGAAGAAUUAAACAGAGGUAUCAAAGAAGACUUUUGUCUUCAUGUAAGACACAAGUAGAUGGUGCACAUGAAUUAUUUCCAUUUUUGAGCAAGGAACAGAACGAAGAUAAGUAUUUAAGAAACAGCAGCAACACAGAAGACUGCAGUAGCCAAGUGUCUCAUAAGGAAGUUGUACAUAGUGAUGAAUAUAUGGAAACAAUUAACUUUGCUGAAUGUUUAGCACACAGCAUAGCAUGCGAUGUGAAAAGAAAAUUAAAAAUGCCAUCUCUUCGGCUACCAAAAUCAUUAACAGACUCUUGUCUGUACAAAAGAUCAAAGCUUGAGGAAAUGACAGAAGACAUCGUUAAAACAGCAUUUUCCACUUCUGUGCCACAUUUUGGUCAAAAAAAUAAACUGUACCACAGCACAGGAAACUUAACUGAUAAUGGCUGUAGUGAGGCUAUUGUUCAAGUUAUUGAAGAGUUUGCUAAACAAAUAGUUGAUGACACUUUAGAAAUGAGCUUUGAGUGUGUCCGUCUUCAGACUGUUGAUCAGAAAAAAGUGGGGCUGUUGACUGAUACAGAACGGCUGCUGGACCCAACACUGCAGCCAUCCUCCCUAGCCAGGAGGUUUGGAAACUGCAGGGUCAAGGAUCACCUAGUCUCUGCUAAAAUUUCACAUCCCUGUUUGGGAGCACAUGAGCUAUCUCAGAUUCAUCAAGUAGAAAAACAGGCCACCACUCCCAUGACAGAGAGCUGCUGUUAUAAAGCAAGAGCCAAAAGCCUUGAUAUACCUAAAAUUCAUAUUGAUGCAGAUCAACGAGCUGCCUUUGCUGAGGAGUUGGUUACUGUUGCUAUUGAAAAAGCUAAAAGAGAUCUUAGCAACACAAGCCUUGCCGGAGAUAGUGGAAUAGGACAAGAUGGUAUUAGCUUUGCUGAAUGCAUUACAGUAGAUAUAAUGAAGUCAGCCAUGACAAAUGCCAGCAAGACUGUUAAUAUCAGUGGUGUUUGUAAAGAUGGAUUCCGCUCAGGUGAAUCUGCAUUCAGCCAGCAACAGAGUCUCAGUGUUGGUGAUGACAGCACAGGUAGCUGGUCUAAUCUAAGUUUUGAAGAUGAACAUCCAGACGAAAGCAGCAGUUUUCUUCAUCUAAGUGACAGUAAUGGUAACAGCAGUAGCUGGAGCAGUCUUGGUUUAGAAGGAGAGGUCUAUGAGGAGAAUGUCUCUUUUCCACCAUCUGACAGUGAUGGAGCUGAAGAGAAGGAAGAACCACCAAAAGAUGAUGUGGAAGCUUUGGCACAAGGUAACAGAGUAUUUUUAAACAUCAUCAAUAUCGAUGUUGAACCUUAUGAUGUGGAUAUUCAGGUGAGAAUAGCACUGCAAUGGGUUGCUGCUUCACAGUUUGAGCUCUCUGGACUCCAUUUCAACCAGGCCUUUGAUAAAGAACUCUCGCUUUUUUCGAUGGCUGUUAAACAACUGAGAGAGAGGGAUUGGAAAGUGGGAGACCUGUUACAGGCUGUGCUGAAGUACUGCAGAUUAGUCGAACAUGCAUCAAGUGGAAGGAAAUGCCUGCACAAAUCGCUUUUCGAGUGGCUUCUCGAAGAUGCUUGAAAGUUCCCAAGGAGAUAUGUAAUUAACCGAUUUUCAAGGAAAAUGAAACAAAAAUGCUACCUACAACAGCCUGAGAAUAAGAGCUGUACAAGUUGUCUGCUUCUGUGCCUUUCAGAUCAUAGAUGUAGUGACUAAAUUUACCCAGAAGGAGUGGGUUGCUUUAAAACUGGCUGUUAUUGUGUAACAUAAACAUUUUUAAAAAUGUGGACUUUUUCAAGCAGAUCAAGAGUUAGCUGCAAGUGUGAUGUGACUCACAAGACAUAUAUAUGUAAAAAUACUAUCUGCAGUGGCAGCAUUUGCACACACACAAACAUUAAUGAAAAAUUUUAUCAUUUUCAAAGUGCACAAAAGAAGGAAGUUGGAUAUAUGUUCUGAAGCUGAAGGAAUAAACUCCUCGUAAUGUACUUAUAAGAAAGAUUGCGGGGAUCACAGUUACUGCUCAGACCUGAACUCCCUAGCCAUUUUAAGGUUAGGUGAAGUGCCAGCCAUAGCAUGUAUUUGCCCACAGAACCGCACUUAUAGCCCCAACUGAGGCAGUAGUACAACCUUUUCAGACUGAUAAUUUAAUGUAUUUGCAGAACAUUGAAGCUUGUAUUAUUAUUAUUGUUAUUAUUAUUAUUAUUUCUUGUAAUGUAUUAUUGUUAUUGCACUUAAAAGUAUUUUCCAAGUGGCAUCAUUUCAUUGAAAAUGAAAUUUUGCUGUAGACCUGUAUUUAUUUCAUACAUUUGCAGACAAUUCUAUACACUACUCUUUCAACUUGAAAACAUUAAAAGACAGUACAUUACAAUAGUACAUCCACUC